GCUCCUUUCCCGCCCGGCAUCCGCCGGCGCUUCGGGUGUUGCCAAGAUGGCGGCGGCGGCGGCUAUGGAGGUGCAGCAGCUUCAGGGCCGGCUCGACGCCUUGGAGGGGCGCGUCUUCGGGGCGCCCGCGGGGAGUGAAGGCGCGGCGGGGGCCCGAAAGGUAUCGCUGCUGCUGCGGCCGUGUUUCUUUCUAGCUAGAACCACAGUUAUUUAUUCGUAGGCCGCCUUUUCCCCUGUCAGGGACUCGAGGCGGCUUGCAGAUUAAAAGUCAGAAGAGCCGAAAGCGGGUCUGCUUCGGGCCUGGCUCCUGGACGAGGCCUAUAUCUCCGGCCUCGAGGCUAAAACUGGCUGGCAGCCGCUCUCGGGGCGUUUCCCCAGUUCCUACAUGGAAGCGCUGCCGGUGACGGAAGCAGCCGCCUCCUACAGAGCCAGACCCUCAUUUAUCGUCUUCCAAAGCAACUACACUACUCUAUUCCGAACUUAAGAAUGGAAAGCGUAAUGCUGGUGGUCAACAAAAGAGGUUUAAAGACUGUUUCAAGGCGAAUCUAAAAAAUGUAGUAUAAACACUGACAACUGGGAAACACUUGCCUGCGAGCGCUCCAGUUGGAGAACAGCCUUGACCAAAGGUGUCGUGGGCUUUGAAGACACUCGAACUCAGGACGCAAGAGAGAAACGUGCUAGGAGGAAGGCACGCUUGGCAAAUCCACACUGUGAUCAACUCUCGCCCGGAAACCAAUGUCCCCACUGUGGAAGGACAUGUGGAUCCAGAACUGGCCUCCACAGUCACAGACUCAUUGUUAAAACCGUGUUUAUGGAAGACAAUCUUGCUCAGCUAGGAGGGAUCACUAAAGAAGAAGAUUAUAAACCCAGAGGUCUCAGGCCCUUGGCUUGUCCAGCUCAGCAUGGCCUGUGUUGGUGGUUCCCCUUGGUUCCUUAAGCUCAUUCCUGGUUCGCCCUGCCCCCAUUCUCCAAGGAAGAAAACUCUCAAGCUGACAGAAUGCCCGGUUUUAAUAAUUAUUUUUAAACCGUGUCAUAUAAUUGCUGCUUUUCAAUGCAUCUAUGCUUUUUUUUCUUUUUUUGGCAAUGGCUUUGAGUACACAAGCAAAUCAUAUCCAUAGCCAAUCAUCCCCAGUGGCCCCUACCCUAUUAAAAAGCAUUGUUCAGAAUAGCUGUUUGCACAACACUCUCCUCCCAGGUAUUCCCACCAUGGACAGCACUCCCUCACACACAUGCAUGCAGUCAUGCCUUCAUGCAUAAACUAUUGCAUACAAACACCCAAGCACACAUUUGGUAUUUGCAGCCCUCCCCUCUCCAUUGGGGUGAGGGUGGCAGAAACACUGCCUUUUACUCUCAAAGAGGGGUUUUAUUUCCCAUCUGGAGAUGAAGCUGCAGGUGUGGCAGGUCACUCACUGUCUCUGGUUUACUGGACCAGAUCCAGCUCGGUGGUUAGCCAUUCCUGCUGUAUAUAAUUUGUCUUAUAAGUUGUUAACAAUGUCCUUUUUCUUGUAGAUAGCAGAUGGCUUGGUUAAAGUCCAGGUGGCUUUGGGGAACAUUGCAAGCAAAAGAGAGCGAGUUAAAAUUCUUUUCAAAAAAAGUAAGUGCCGUUUGUAUUUUUCAAAACAAAUCAAUCUGCAAUAGGCUUAGGAGCAGCUAAAAUAAGGAGUGUUUUAAAAUUGUCAGAGACUGCAGAACUCCAGAUAAUUUAUUGUGGUGAGGUGAUGUCAGUGGGGGAAGUGAAUCAUUUGAACAUAAAGUAGCGAUGACUUCCUAAAGUUGCAAUGAACAGCAUAAUGUUUUCUUGAUCCUGUGAUGAUGAUGUGGCUGUGGCUUCUGUAGUAGUGGCUGCAUCUAUGGCAGUCUUCUGUGGUCUCUGGAAUAAAAUUAAUACGAAAUCCAAAGCAGUUAUUGUGGGUUUAUGGAAACUUGUUUGGCGCUGUAAAAGUAGUCAGUGGGGGUGGCAUAAAGAAUAAGAUUUAAGAUUGUCCUAGGAGUCCUAUCUUCAGAGUCAUUCACAUGCUGUGUUAAGGCGGUGAUGACUUAGAAACAGGCCUUCUCUGUAGUGGCACCCAAUUUGUGGAAAUUCUGGCCAAACUUUAUAUGCCUCUUUGUUUUUGUCUUCUCUGCACAGCAUAAAAAUGCUUUUCUUUACUUAAAGUGAUAAUAGUUCUUUACUUUAGAUUUGCUAUUAAAUUUAUUUAAGACUGGUAUCUGGACAUUUUAUGUGCUUUUGUACAACUGAGAAAAUAGUGGUUUGCUAAAGAUGGUGUAAUGGCAUCGUGGCUUAUUGUGAAUGUCCCUUGACCCUCAUGGCAAAUUCAUGGCUAUAAGUCCUAGAAAAAUUAUUGAAAGUCAUAACUGGCUCUGAUCUGUUUCCAAGUAUUCUGCCUAAUCUGACAGUACUUUUUCUGUCAUUGCUAUGUUCUAAAUUUCUGAUUCUCUCUUCUUUCUGAUUCAAGUUGAAGAUGUCAUAAAAUAUUUAGAUCCCCAGUACAUUGAUCGAAUGGCUAUUCCAGAUGCUAUGAAGCUGCAAUUCAUUUUAGCAGGUAAUUCACAAUAUGAAAUAGUUUUGGGGGUUGUUGUUUUGUUUUGGGUUAUUCAAUGUGCAGUGCAUCCCUAAACAUGUCUUUCUAGAAGUAAGCCCCACUGAAUUCAGUGGCACUUACUCCCGGGUAAAUGGGUAUAGGAUUGCAGCCUUAGAUGCUUAAUGUUGUUACUGGGGAUGUUUUCAGCAUCCCUUUUUAUUGCUUAGAAUACUUGAAGAAGAAUACUUGGACUCUUAAUGUCAUAUUCUAGAUGCAUUAAUCUGUUCUUUAAGCAUUCUGUCUUGCUUCAGCCCAACUAAAGAGCCAGCUCCUUUCAUUCGUUCAUCUGCUGUGCUAUUUGCUCUGUUGCCAUUGAAUGACAAAGUCGACUACACUUCCCUCCACUGAUGUAUCUCAUUCUGCUCUUCUCCAACAGAAGAGCAGUCCAUCCUGGCUCAGGCAGCACUUCUGGAGCAAGUCAACAACCUGCAGCCAUAUUUGGACAGUGCACAUAUCAAAGGCAAGUCUUGUCCCUGAUCCAAGUACCAAGAGCUAAGAUACACAUCUGUUGCGGCUGGUUCAUUCUGACUCACAUUAUGUUUUUAUGCAUUUACAGGCAUUUUUGUGAAAAUCAUUGCAUAAUAAUUCCAUCUUCUUGUUUUGUAAUAUUGUUAUCUACAAGCCUGGGUUAUAUGUCUUUAAAAACAGAAUGCCAAGCUAGCCCAGAAGAAUUGCUCCCUGCCAUUAAAGGGGGGGGGGGCCUGGAUCAUUGGCCUAAUUCAGCAGGCUAUUAUUCCCACCAAGAAGAGAGGACCUAUUUAUAGACAUUUAUAGCUGAGCUACUUGCCACCUUUCCUCCUAAAACUAGCCCCCUAGUUGUCUUUAUACAUAUCCCAUAUGGAAGCCUGUUUCAAGGACAUUACAUCAGAACACCUAAUAGUAUUGAGUACCAUUCCUGAGAAUCAAGAGCCCGACACUCAUUCUGUAGUCUCUUGCAGCUGCUCCUGACCACGCUACCAAGCUGCAGAGGCUUUCACAGAUCCACAUUCAGCAGCAGGUAAGCUGAACAAAAGCAGAGAAUCAUUGUUUGGUUUCCUCCGCUCUUCUCUUCAGUCGAAAAACUUGGCAGGAGCUGAUACAGUUAUCCUCUAGCUUUAUCUUCUGUCACUCAUAAGCAAAGCAUAUGAAGAAAUUCUCCAUAUGCCCUGGACAAAUGACCCCCUGCUUACUCGGCAUUCUAGGCCAAGCACUCUGGUAUUUUGAGGUGCUCCUUCUUACACCAGAGCCAGUGUGGUGUAGUGGUUAAGCGUGGUGGACUCCUAAUCUGGGGAACCGGGUUCGCGUCUCCGCUCCUCCACAUGCAGCUGCUGGGUGACCUUGGGCCGGUCACACUUCUCUGAAGUCUCUCAGCCCCACUCACCUCACAGAGUGUUUGUUGUGAGGGAGGAAGGGAAAGGAGAAUGUUAGCCGCUUUGAGACUCCUUCAGGUAGUGAUAAAGCGGGAUAUCAAAUCCAAACUCUUCUUUUACACAGUUGCAUAGUUGAGUUUUCUAAAAUCUGGACUCAGAUGUUCUGAUGCAGGACAGCAGGAGCCUCAAAGUCCCCAGCUGUAUUGAUUCCCUUCCCCCUUUUAGCAGUGCGUCAGGAAACGUUGCCAUCCACACUUAAGAAUGUCUGCCCACGUGGCAGCUCUUCUGUGGGAAGAAACAACCUUUGUUAGACUUACAUCUUAGCACUGAAACACCAAAUUGGCAACGUCAUGAAACCCUGUCUGACUGAACCCUUCCGCUGUUGCAGGAUCAAUGCGAAGCAGUGACUGAGAACGUCCGGUUUCUCCUAGAAGAUUACAACCAAAUGGUAUCCUUUUUGCCGCAGUGCCGCUGUGUACAUCAUCCCGCAGGGUGUGCCUUUGCUGGCUGCCAUGUUGAGGGACAUCUGCCCCAGCUGUGUCAGCUCAGCUUUCCACUACCUGCCGCAAUACUUCCAUCUCGGACUAUUUCCGGUCUUCCCUUUAAAGUCCUUCCCUUUUGGUGCUCUCUCUCUUCUGCUUUUGCUGAUUGUGUUUGUCAGACUCCCAACUUCUUUUCCUUAAAAGAUUGCCCCAGACACUUCUUCUUUCUAAACAGUUUGUCCAGUGGGACGAAAUGCUGACCCAGCUUGAAGCAGCAAAGCAAGUCAAGCCUGUGCCCGAGUGAGGGCAAAGCGGCAGCUGGGUAUCAGCUGGCACCUGUGGCUUUCUAGCAUCCUCCAUAUUCUCCUUGAAUCUCGCAGAGGCUCUGCUGGUGGUUCUUAGAAAUGAUAUCAUGGGUAUUCAUCUGUAAGCCACAUUUUCUCCUUUCCUGGCCUUACUGUGGGGCUCAAUGUCUGUAUAUAUUUCUUUUCCAGCUUAUCAUUUCCUCUUUUAUUUAUUUUACUCAACCAAUAGGUUGAAGGAGCGUGUUCUGUCACACUGUGGACAACAAUAAAAUCCUAACAACCCCCAGUGCUGAUGUGACUGUUGUGUAGAGAAAUGAGGCAAUUCAGCUCAGCGUUUGCAUUUCAUUCGUAUUUGUUUAUAAAAAUUAAUAGUUCACUGUUCUCAGUGCACACAGCAAUCGCAUUAAGGAACACACUGUUAUAUGUUAAAUUUUAAAAACCUCAUUAAAGUAAAACCUAGUGUGUUGGAACUCCACCCCACAGCAUCCUGAGCUACCCAAAAUAUUAUCCACAGCUUCUAGAAGGUGGUUCCCUUCACUUCUGGAAAUUGUCAGGAGGGGAGAAUUCUGUGAGUAAGAGGAAGCCAGCAAGGUUGACUCUCUACAUGCAAAUGUGAUACAUGCACGAGAAGAUGGAGAGGGAGCUCUUGGUAGUUCUUGGAGAAUGUGUGGGGAUUGCAGGUCUCAGAUGGGUUGGGCCCACUUCCUUUAAGAACUGACACUUCAAUUUGAGUCUAGAUGGAGCAGCUUGAACGUAGAACUGUGGCAUAAUCUGUUUCUGGUGACCAGCUCUUUUGCCAAAGAGGCCUCUCUGCUAUGCCCUGGUCGAAGCUUUUGAACAAUGCUCAAGAGCAGCAUAAAACGGGGUUUGUUUUUAUUAUGUGUUUUGUAAACUCUUUCUGUAUUUUUAUGUUGUGAACCACCAUGAGAUCUUUGGAUGAAGGGCGGCAUACAAAUUUAACGAAUAAAUACAUAAAUAAUAAACCCACUCACAGUGCUUUUCAGGAGCCUUUAGUCUAGGAAAGCCUGAAUGCUGGUCUUGUGAUCUGGCAUAACAGCCUUCUUUCCAGGCGGAGUUGGUCCUGGCUCAGAUUUCUAGGCACAGCAAGAGAGUGACCAGUAUCCCAAGGUUGGAACCCUCAUUGACCAAGAUAAGCUGAGUUGUGUGGGGCCUGUGAAGGAGGAUGGUGUUGCAAACUCCCAAGACUUGCCAGGCAUAAUUUUCAAGUUGGUUUGAAAUGCCUUCUGAUCGAUUCAUCCAUAUGUACGCCGGCUCCCUCAGCCAAUAAAGUGAGAUGAGUGCCGCAACCCCAGAGUCGGCCACGACAGGACCUAAUGGUCAGGGGUUUCUUUAACUAGCUGCCCGAGGAGAACAACGGUGUUUCACACCUGACGCUUCCCAACAGUCUCCGUACUUGCAUUAGCCACAAUGAGGGUUAGUAGCUUAGCUUUCCUUCAAAACAAAAACUGACCCCAUGCCCCUACUUUGUUUACUUACGAUGUACUCCUGGGGAAAAGGCAGCGCCUGAGCCCAAGAGCAAGUCAAUCUUACCCAGUUUUCAGAGUCUGGGAGCAAACUCAACAGCACUUUGUCCCAGUAUGAUUCCCAUCAACCUGUAUUCAGAAGCAUUACUGCCUCACAACAGUGGAGGAAGAUCACAGUCCUCAUUGCUUUACUAAUCUGAUCUGCUGAUUUGUUACGUAUUUUGUAUUAAUUUUUUGAAUGUAAUUUUAUUGUUGGUUCAGUGCUGUUCGUUGCAAUAUUUUUUUCUUAAGGUUGCUGUUUUACAAAUAAAAUUGUGACUCUGAUGGGGCAUCUAGGGAUUGGGAUGGGAUUUCCCAACAAUUGGACUACAGUGGUACCUCAGGUUACAUACGCUUCAGGUUACAGACUCCGCUAACCCAGAAAUAGUGCUUCAGGUUAAGAACUUUGAGAACAGAAAUCGUGCUUCGGUGGCGCAGCGGCAGCGGGAGGCCCCAUUAGCUAAAGUAGUGCUUCAGGUUAAGAACAGUUUCAGGUUAAGAAUGGACCUCCAGAACGAAUUAAGUACUUAACCCGAGGUACCACUGUAUGCCGUUUUUAUGAUAGUACACUUGUUCUGCUGCUAAAGGCGCUUAGAAUAAAACACAGCCCCCUGGUUCUGCUGUGUUACCGGCUCCUCCAUAAAGCUUUGAUAACUUCUGACAUCAGAAGAACCUGCUGGAUGAGGCCAGUGGACCUUCGAGUCCAGCAUCCUGUUCUCACAGUGGCCACCAGAUGGGAGAAAUUGCAAAUUGUACUAGAGCGCAACAGCACUCUUCCCAGUUGCAAUUCCCAGCCACUGGUAUUCAGAGGCAUAAGGUUUCUGACAGUGGAGACAGAACACAGCCAUCCUGGCUAACAGCCAUCGAUAGUCCUCUCCCUGCGUUUGUCUAAUCCUCUUUUAAAGCCAUUGGUAGCCAUUGCUGCCUCUUGUGGGUGUGAGUUCCAUAAGUUCAACUAUGUGCUGCGUGAAUAAGCCCUUGCUUUGAUCUCUCCUGAUCUCCAACAUUUCUCCAGGACAUACAUCCUUUUGGAAACUUCUAUCGCGUCUCCCCUUCCUCGCCUUUCCUCUAAAUUAAACCAUCCUAAACACUGCAACUUCCCCUCAUGGGAACAUUGCAUAGAAUCUUAGAACUGCUGGGUUGAGAGGGACCCCGAAGGUCCUCUGUGUUGAUAUUUUCACCCCCUCCCAUUGCGAGAAUCUCCUGAUCUGAUGUUUUGAGAAAGGAGGGGGCGGAAACUUCUAUUCUUCCGCUCCUGACUCUGUGUGUGGAGAGAGUCUUAUCUAUGUAGUGACUAGAUGGCUGAGUGGGAGCUGUAACCCUCGUGCAAGCCAGUAGUUCUUUAGCUUGUAGCAGCUAUUAGAAAUAAAAGAAGUUAUUCUUC